UACACAUUCUAUCCAGCAUCUGCUGAUUGCAUUUUUUUUACGCUCGAGUUACUAGGCUCAAUAUCAGUUCCUACCUUGGCCAAGACCAAAAGAAUGCCAGACGUCGAAACGAUCCGGUCGAGCAUUGGGCAGCUGCCAGAUGGGCGGCCGCUUGUCGUGGCCUUGAUUGGAGGUACAAGUGGGAUUGGGUCGUAUGUAGCACAAACGUUUGCGUCGACAUUUGCAAGGCAUGGAUCUAAGCUCAGGGUUUACCUGGUGGGGCGCAAUGCUGAACGGGCAGAGACGCUGAUGCAAUUUGGUCGUGAGACCAGCGAGGGUUCGGAAUGGCGGUUCAUUAGGGCAAAGAAUUUGGCUUUGAUGAGCGAGGUGGAUGCUGUGAGUGAGGAGAUUAUGCGGCAAGAGGAGGCAAGUGCGUUUGUCGGGGGGCCACCGAGAUUGGAUGCAUUGUACAUGAGUUCGGCGUUAUCGCCACUGGCACCAUCACCUCGUAGGUUAUCUGGUUUUCUUUGUUCUUGUUUCUUGUUUUUUUUCUUGUUCCGCUAGAGUUUCAUGUACUGAUUGGAACAAACAAUGGCAGUUACGGAAGAAGGACUUGAUUCG